UGCACAAUAUGGCCUCGAAUUGUCGCGGAUUGGCGUUUGCGUCCAAAUUGUCACAUACCGACUAUGCCCGUGUUGUGGGCGCGCUUCUAAGUCGACCUAACGAUACCACGGUUGUGCCCGCCACGGAUUCAUUAUACCAGCCUUACACGAGCAGUAUGCUAACAUUACACUUCAGGUUCUGGAGUAUCUUUCGAAGAAGGGCUACAGCCGAACGGAGGCUAUGCUUCGCAAGGAAAGUUCGAAUGUCGCGACACUCGAUGAGCAUGGCCAACCUGUUGCUCUGAGCUUUGCGGACCGUCUGGGUGGCCAACAGUGGUUCUUCGCUUUCAAGCUUCUCCGUGAAUGGAUCGACAACAUCCUUGACAUCUACAAGCCCGAGCUAAGGCGGCUGCUGUGGCCACUCUUCGUCUACUGCUACUUACAGUGCGCCGCCGAUGCCUAUUCGCGUGAUGCACGUGACUUUUUCUCCACCUACAGCAAGUUCUUCGAAGAGGAGCAUAGCGACGAUCUGCGCGCUCUGAGCGGCAUUGAUCUUCCAGAGCACGUCCAGGAAAAUGAGGUUGCUACGAUCUAUCGUGAGAAUAGGUAUCGGCUUACUCUUAGUAAGAUGGCCUUUGCAACCUUGAUCGAGUUCUUGGAAACGAAGGAGAGCGAGGGUGGUAAACAGAUCACUUUUCUUAUUACAAAUCACCUCUUGCUACGCACCGUCGAUCGUGCGGCUUUGGGAGGCGCCCGGAGUCUGCAACGCUUGAUGGAAGAAAAGCAGGGCGAGGAGCAAGCACCAGCGGAGGAUGAGGGCAUACCUGGACACCACCCAGGUUCCGCCAACCUUGACCCCAAUGCUACUAGUGCGCUUAACCGUCUUGCGCUCGGACCACUGCCAAUGGAGCCGGAUCUGAUGGAAGAUGUCAAAGCAGAGCUGACCACAGAAGACUUACUACAUCCUCCGCCACCCGGACGAAGCUCGCUAUCGGAACAGUUCGAGCAGCGCAUCAAGACCGAGCCGCUUGACGAUACUGCGCCGCCUAGAGAUGCCAUUCCGUUUCCAGCGUCCACGGCCCGAGAUGUUGCGAUGGAGGUGCAGAAAGUGAGGGAGAACCGCGACCGCUUUCGGAUCGAAGGCAAGACCGGAGGCGUCGGACCCGGCGUCAGCGUUACUAUGUUCACCUUCCAUAAUACCUUCGAUAGCGUCAACUGCAUCGAGUUCUCUGGCGACAAUACGCUCGUCGCGGUCGGCACGGCAGAGUCUUACAUCCGAGUGUGGUCGCUGGAAGACCGCGCUCUUACAUCGCCGCAAGAUCCCCCAGGCUUCCAGCCAUCUGCUUCCCGCAGGCUGAUUGGUCACUCCGGGCCCGUAUACGCACUUUCCUUCUCUCCGUCAGCCGCGUUGCCGGAACCGCGCACGAACGGCCACAUUCACACAACUACCUCACCGGACUCACAGCCGCGGUACAUGCUGUCCAGCUCAGCAGACACCACCAUCCGACUUUGGUCCCUCGAUACUUGGAGCAACAUAGUUGUCUACCGCUCCCACAACGCUCCCGUCUGGGACGUCCGCUUCUGUCCGCAUGGCCACUACUUCGUGUCCGCAUCUGCAGAUCGUACCGCUAGGCUCUGGAGCACUCCGCAGAUUGCGCCUCUACGACUGUUCGUCGGGCACGACUCCGAUGUGGAGACCGUUGCCUGGCAUCCAAAUGGCGCGUAUGUCUUUACCGGCGCUGGUGUUGGUGACCGCACGGUGAGGAUGUGGGACUUGGUGAAAGGCACCCAAGUCCGCAUAUUCACUGGUCAUGCGGGUAAUGUCACGGCCAUCGCUUGUGCGCCGAACGGCCAUAUCGUGGCAAGUGCGGACGACAAGGGCACGAUCAUCCUCUGGCAUCUCCGGUCGGGUCGCUUGAUUAAGCGUAUGCGUGGCCACGGUGCUGGCGGUAUCUGGUCGCUCGAUUGGUCGGUCGAGAGUACGGUGCUCGUGUCCGGAGGCGCAGACCAGUCGGUAAGGAUUUGGGAUGUUCAGCCGCAAAAGGAGACUUAUGCGAAGACCAACGGCGAUGUCACGAAGAUCGAUGGCGCUACCGUUGGCGGCGGUAAUACCUCAGUUAGUAAGCCCAGUGGUGGUGGUGGCGGGAAGCUGAAGGGGAGGGAACAAGCCACUCCUGACAUGAUCAGUGACUUCAAGACCAAGAAGAGCCCAGUGUAUAAAGUCAAGUUCACGCAGAUGAACUUAGUCAUGGCUAGUGGGGCGUAUUUGCCCUGAAGGAAAGAGGCACGGGCUAUAAGGUUGGCAAUAUGGUUGAUGAUAAAUUAGCGUGGAGUUGGAGGCCUUGGA